UUUUUCUAGUUCUAUUUUUCAUUUUACUCUAGAUCUCAAGAUUGAAUUUCUAGUCUGAUAAGUAUUGCAGUGGAUUCAUCACCAUACCAUAUUAGUACUGCCAGGAAACAUUUGGAUACUUAACGGAAGAAAAUUGCGAAGAUGCCACUAAAGAAGAAAUUGUCGGGUGCUCAAUUCAAGCAGAUUCGCGAAGAGAAAAAGGCUGCAGCAGUAAAAAAUAGUGGUAAUAUCCAGCAAUUCUUCGCGAGGGAAUUGCCAUCAACGCAGACUGCACAAUCGCAAUCAGAAGACGAAAAUGAUGAAUUGAAUAGAGAACAAAACAUGGAAGUGGAAUUCAACGAUACGCUUUCUGAGACGGAUUCCUCAAAUCAGCACAGAACGGCUUCAACGACUGGCAACAUCUCAAUCCCUAUUUACCGAGACACGAAAACUCGACGUCUCAUAGAUCCAAUUAUAUAAAAAUGAAAACAUUUGAGAAUAAGUUGAAAUGUGGCGGUUUCAUCGAUGACCAUCUUCUCAAAGAAUUUGAUAAGGAAAGAGCAAAGUGGCGACAUAUUUUAAAAGUGAUACUCGAUGCAACUUUCCACUGCGUCAAAACCAACGACGCCUUUAGAGGUAGCAGUGAAGUAAUUGGGCGACCAGACUGUGGAAAGUUUUUGAACACUAUUGAAUUGAUUAGCCACUAUGAUGCCACAAUAAAAAAACAUAUCGAGACACACAAUAAAGGCACAAUCUCAUAUUUUUCACCGGCGAUUCAGAACGAAUUGAUCAAUUUGGCUGCCCAGCAAGUGCAAUCACAUAUAAUUAGCGACAUAAAAGCAGCUAAAUAUUUCUCAAUCCUCUUCGAUUGUACGACCGACAUUUCUCACAAAGAACAGAUGGUUCAAAUAAUUCGGUACGUUAAAAUCGAAAACAAGAAAUGUACAAUUGAAGAAAGCUUCAUCACGUUUAUUAACACCGAAGAAAAAACCGGUGAAGGUCUUUCGGGAGAAAUUCUUGAUAAAUUAAGAAAAGAUGGGCUAGACAUUGCAAAUGUACGAGGACAGUCUUAUGACAACGGAGCUAAUAUGGCAGGCAAAUAUAAAGGUGUGCAGUCGAGAAUAUUAGCUUUGAACGUGAAUGCUCGGUUUAUUCCAUGUACUACUCAUAGCCUAAAUUUGAUUGGGGUCAAUGCUGCCAACGUGAUACCGCAAAUGCAAACUUUUUUGGUAUCAUCCAACAAACGUAUAAUUUUUUUUUUGGAUCGGCAACUCGUUGGAAAUUUUUGCAAGCAGAACUAAAAAUAACGUUGAGUAAGCUAAAACUCAUCAAAUCUUAUCUUCGUUCCUCUUUAGGCCAGGAACGGUUGGCGAAUAUCUCCAUUUUGUCGAUUGAGAAGGAUACUACAACACGUCUCAAUUUCGAUAAAAUAAUCCAUUUAUUUGCAGAGGCGAAAUCCAGAAAAGUAUUAUUCUGAAUGAUAUAAG